AUGGAUGGACAAAGCUUUGGGAAAUGGAUAAUUACCAUUUACUUCAUAUCUACUACAAUUUUGCAGUCUGAUGGAAGGAGACCUGUUAAAGGGCACUGGGGGGAGUGGGGCCCCUGGUCUGGGUGUGCUGCCUCCUGUGGCUCCGGUAUUUCCACAAGAACAGCAAAGUGGAUUAUGAACGGCAUUACCACACAACAUCUGUUUUAUGAUCUCAUUGAAUGCUCAGCCGAGGUCAAUUGUCCUGAGGAUGGGUAUUGGGGCAUGUGGACUAGAUGGAGCACCUGUCCAGUGAUGUGCGGGGGUGGUGUUCAGAAGCGCCACCGGAAAUGUGACAAUCCAAAGCCUACUAAUGGAGGAAGGGAAUGUGGAGGGCAUGACUCUGAAAAACAAGUCUGCAACAAUAGAACGUGCCCAGGUAUUCCAAAAGAUUUUGAUCCAAUCAUAUGUAUGACAGAUGUUUUUAUAUGUAAAAGUGCUAAGUUCUGCAUCCCACGGAAGUUUGAAUGUGAUGCUAAACUUGAUUGUGACGACGGAAGUGACGAAAUUGAUUGUGUAAUAGCGGUACAAUCGGAAACCACAGACAGUUCUGGAUGUAUGUUUUAUAAAUCAACAAGAGUGUUAAACUUGGUUCUCUUAUUCCCAAUUUUGGCACUUGUUUGGCCUUUAUAA